CAUGGUUACUCUUUCAUGGCCGCUGUGAUUGUAGGAGCUUCCAGUGUUAUUGGCGCUGAAACUGCACGUGUUCAUGUAGUCAUGGGGGUAAGGAAUGUGGCUGCUGGUAAAGAUGUCAAAGAAGCAAUUGUGAAGGAAAUUUCAACCGCUAAAGUUGAUGCAAUGGAAUUGGAUCUCAGUUCAAUGGAAUCUGUGAGGAAAUUUGCAUCAGAUUUCAGCUCCUCAGGUCGACCUCUGAAUCUCCUUAUUAAUAAUGCAGGAAUUAUGGCAACUCCUUUCAUGCUUUCAAAGGACAACAUAGAACUACAGUUUGCAACCAACCACAUAGGUCAUUUUCUUUUGACACACCUCUUGCUGGACACUAUGAAGAAAACUGCACGGGCAAGAAAAAGAGAAGGAAGAAUUAUAAAUGUCUCAUCAGAAGCUCACCGUUACACGUACAAGGAAGGAAUUCUUUUUGACAAGAUUAAUGAUCAGUCAGGGUACAGCAGUUUUGCUGCAUAUGGCCAAUCAAAACUUGCUAAUGUUCUGCAUGCUAAUGAACUAGCAAGACGCCUAAAGGAAGAUGGUGCGGAUAUAACUGCAAAUUCACUUCACCCAGGAACAAUUGCCACCAAUCUUUUCCGCCAUAUCAAUCUGGGUCCAGUUACCGGUAACUUGUUAGGCCUUGUUAACAUCUUCGGUAAGAUUGCACUUAAAAACGUCCAGCAGGUAAGCUCCUUUCAUGUAGCAUUACCAAUUCAGAUCAUGCCUUUAAAACUGGUUUCAUAACCUUUCAUACAGAAA